CAUUAAUUUAGGAAAUGGCAAAGAAAUUAUAAGCGUGAUUUUUCUUAAGCAAGAAGUUAAAAAAGAACAGGAUGGAGAAAGAAACCUUCAGGCUUCACCGUCAUCCUCAACCCUGCAUAUUUGGUUCGCAGUUUUGUCCAGGGCCCUGCCCCUCUCACCAUUCAUUCACACUUGUGUCUCUUUGUCUCUCCAGCUUCGCUUCGGCCUCAUUAUAUGACUCGUUCCACGUCCCAACAUUUUCCACAAAGUCUCUCUCCUUCCGUUUCCUUCGUCUUUCUCUCCCAUUCACACAGCUCACUUCUCGUGUUGUGACCACCCACAACAAUUUCCUUCUGUCGUUUCGCGGCGCUGCAUGUAGUUCUUAGGCAUUUUCCCUAAUCUACCUCCCGGCAUCACAAUAAGAGUAUCGCUAUCCCCAUCCAAUUUCGCUAACCGUCUUUCAUAAUUUUUCGAUUCGAUCUCCAAAAGUUGCUCUGGACAAUAUGUUCGACGUUGCUUUUUCGCACUGCUCUUUCGGUAUCGGCAGGCUCUGGCUUCUGUGAUCCGAUAGAACCUUUGUACAAAUCUGGGAAUGUCUGAAUUGGUGGCUCGUACCGGUCGUCACCAACAGCGUUAUGACUUAUUAUGAGGCCGGUUGCCGCCUCGUUGCUGGUUCAUAUUUUGUGUCGUUACAUGUUAGUAGAUCUUUGAAGGGAAAGCAGCUUCUAAGGUGAUUUAUCCAGGAAGGACGGAAUUACAGUGAGCACUGAGCCUCGAGCCGUUUCAUACAUGUCCCCAAUAACUUCAACCAGCAAUUUCACGAUGCAGAAACGAAAAUAUAUAUAGAUAUGAAAAAUCACUCUUGUAUUACUGAAGAUGAAGAGAGUCAGAGACUAAUGGCGAGACUGUGAGCUGACUGGCCUUCAAAAUAUUCUGACCUACAAAUUGAUUGACAGGUGUAUUCCCUUGUAUAGAAGUUCUCAUGAGAAUGGUGAUGGUGCAUCUGAAAAGACUUCGAAAGUGGUGAUGGUCAGCUCAGCUAGCGGACCUGGUCUAGUGUUUCCAAAGGGGCGAUGGCAAAAUGAUGAGACUGUUGAGGAGGCUGCGGCCGGAGAAGCUCUAGAAGAAGCUGGAGUUCGGGGAGAACUCCAGGUGAGGGAUUUUCUAGGGCAUUACAACGUCAACAGUAAUAAGACCCUAAAAGAUGAGUUUUGUCCGGAAGGUUUAUCCAAAGCAGCCAUGUUUGCUUUGCUUGUGAAGGAGGAGCUGCAGUUCUGGCCAGAACAAAGCAAUCGACAGAGAAAUUGGCUAACUAUUCCAGAAGCUGUACAUUCGUGCCUACAUCAAUGGAUGAGAGAUGCUCUCAACGAAAGCUUUCUGAAAUAGCAGGCGAAUCAAUUGGCGAGAGCCUCGACCAAGGAUAAGGAUGUAGAGUUGCCAGAUUAAAGCUGAAUUGGCCUUUUAAUCAAUUGUUGUAGGAUGUAAAGUGGAUAGAGUGCUGGGAAUUUAGGAGUUUCUGCUGUUAGGAGCCUUGUUCCUGUACGGGAUAUGGACUUUAUGUCACAAUCAUAAACUCCAUUAAAUGUCUGCUAAACCGAACAAGCGGAGAUUCAUCAAGGAUCAAUCCCUAUCCCACCCUCUGGCAAGGUUUUUCCGUUGAACGAGAGGAUGUGAUGAUGGGUAUAGUGGGCAGAGGCGGCCCAAUGCUGAUAUUUGCCUGUUGGUAUUGAAAUGACGAAACGAAGCAAAGGACUUCAUAUUAGCGAGGACAAAUUGAGUUGCAAAAACCUCUCAUAUCGUAUUAGAAAAAGUAU